GAAAGCGAAUGGAGUCUAGCACACAUUGUGUGCUCACUGGUGAGCAAUGGACUUUUACGCUCGAUAACUCUGCUACCCUUUUCCCAACUUGAAACACAUACACGUUUACCAUGUUAACAAGGAGAGGAGUGAACAAUAUUACUUGUGUUUUUCCAACAGAACGACUAGGACUCCGGAGUCAGGGUUAAUUUACGGACUAAUUUAAACUCAGCGGAAGCAAACUAUUGCAUGCAGCUGGGUACGCGGAGUGUAUUCCUACCGAACUUUACUAAACCAAGCACGUGCAGUAUUGGUUAUCCGAUUCCGAUGUCGAUGUUACGAUAUUUUUAAAGCUCUUAAUUCACAAUGACUAUAUUUAUGUUUGCGCAUAGGACACUUUGUGAAAUAUACACAAUGUUGGGGGCUCUUUGCGUUUUCUCCUUCUCCGGAAAAUGAGUGCUGUGAACACAGACUAUUCAACUAUGGUGAGAAGAUGUCUUUUGACGUUCAAACCAUUCAGGAUCUUUGUGGCGGGGAUCGGCUUCUUCAGCCUGUGCUUCCUAAUGACCUCCCUGGGGGGGCAGUUCUCGGCCAAGCGACCAGGAGACACUCCCUUCACCAUGCGGGCCGAAGUGAUGGGAGGUCCAGAGUCUCGCGGGGUGCUGAGGAAGAUCAGUGAUAUGCUGGAGGUCAUCAUGAAGAGGAUGGACACUUUAUCCAAACUGGGCAACACCACCACAGACUCCCACAGACUGGAUGAGCUCAGCUCAGCACUGGACAGGAUCCAGCCGAUUGGUCUGGUGGAGAGGAUCCAGGCUAUCGCCCAGAACAUGUCUGACAUGGCUGUGAAGGUGGAGCAGAUCCUACAGCGCAGCAUGGCCACCAACAGAGUUAAGGAUGGCGCAACAGGACAGUGUGAGGUGCCCAAAGACCCUCACUACCCAGACUGCCCCAGCAAGGUGGAUUGGAUGCGUGCCCGCUGGACCUCAGACCCCUGCUAUGCCUUCUAUGGGGUGGACGGCUCCGACUGCUCCUUCCUCAUCUACCUGAGUGAGGUGGAGUGGUUCUGCCCCCCUCUGACCUGGAGGAACCAGACCACCACACCCACGCACAAACCUUUCCCCAAGAGACAGGCGGCAUUCCGGUCAGACAUCGGGGCCCUCCUGGAGCAGGUGGGUACGGGGAAGGAGUCUCUGAGUUUCAUGAAGAGAAGGAUGCGCAGGCUGGCUGCACAGUGGGCCUCGGCUGCACGCAGGCUAGAUGACCGUCUGAGGAGUCAAUGGAGGGAGCAGAAGAGGAUCCUGGUGCACGUAGGCUUCCUGACAGAGGAGUCAGGGGAUGUGUUCAGCCCCAAGGUCCUGAAGGGAGGUCCUCUGGGGGAGAUGGUCCAGUGGGCCGACAUCCUCACAGCCCUGCACGUCCUGGGACACAACCUCAAGAUCUCUGUCUCGCUCAAGGAGCUGCAGGGGUUUCUUGGGGUCCCCCCUGGAAGAGGAAGCUGCCCCCUGACAGGACCUCUGCCCUUUGACCUCAUCUACACGGACUACCAUGGCUUGCAGCAAAUGAGGCAGCACAUGGGUCUCUCUCUGAGGAAGCACAAGUGCCACAUCCGUGUGAUUGACACAUUUGGCACAGAGCCGGCAUACAACCAUGAGGACUACGCCACCUUGCACGGCUACAGGACCAACUGGGGCUACUGGAAUCUCAACUGCAGGCAGUACAUGACCAUGUUCCCACACACUCCAGACAACUCCUUCAUGGGUUUUGUGGCUGAGGAGCUGAACGACACAGAGAGGCUGAGCAUCCAGAGGAACAAGGUGGACAGCAUGGCAGUGGUGUACGGCAAAGAGGCCAGCAUGUGGAAGGGUAAGGAAAGGUUCCUGGCCAUUCUGCACCGCUACAUGGAUAUCCAUGGCACUGUCUAUUAUGAGACACAGCGCCCUCCAGAGGUGCCUGCCUUUGUCAAAAACCACGGCCUGCUGCCCCAACAAGAGCUGCAACAGCUGCUCAGAAAGGCCAAGCUCUUCAUUGGGUUUGGCUUCCCAUACGAAGGGCCGGCCCCUUUAGAGGCCAUAGCCAACGGCUGCAUCUUCCUGCAGCCCAAGUUUAAGCCGUCCCACAGUUCCCUCAACCAUGAGUUCUUCAGAGGGAAGCCCACUUCCAGACAGGUCUCCUCACAGCAUCCCUAUGCUGAGCAUUAUAUAGGCAGGCCACAUGUCAUCACGGUGGAUUUCAACAACUCCCAAGAGUUUGAGUCUGCCAUACGGGACAUCAUGAAGACCAAGGUGGAGCCAUAUCUGCCCCAUGAGUACACCUGUGAGGGGAUGCUGGAGAGAGUGCAUGCUUACAUCCAGAACCAGGAAUUCUGUGCACCCGAAGCUCCAUUUCCCUCAGCGAAUACCUCCAGCAGUUGGCCAGGCAGCCCCCCCAGCCCCUUUGUCCUGCUGCCCAACUCUAGUGCUCUGGCCUGGGCCUCCAACAUCAGCACUCCCCCCUCCUGGCCCCCGCUUAGCGCUCUGAGGCUGCUGGCCUCCCUGGAGGGCCAGUCAUGUAUAGAUGCGUGCCAGAGCGCAGGCUUGAUCUGUGAGCCCGCCUUCUACCGCUUCAUCAAUAUCAAAGAAGCCUUCAGCGGGCUGGAGGUGCAGUGUGAUGGGGUGGAGGCUGAGAUCAACCACAUCUUCCCAGCCUUCUCAGUGGAGAGUAGUGAGUGUGGCCUCCAGAAAGACACUCUGCUGUUCAGCUGUGCCGGGGCCAACAACAAGUACCACCGCCUCUGUCCCUGCAGGGACUACCGUAAAGGCCAGGUGGCGCUGUGCAGGGACUGCUUAUGACUGUGACCAGCACCUGGGGGAAGAUGACCUGCCACCCUUCCCUCAGCCUUGGCCAUCCCAGGGGCCAUUUCUAUAGGUGGGAGGGACACUGAGGAGGACGGCCCUGCUGGAGGUCACUGUGGGUGACACAGAGGUACCAGUAGGGUCGGUCGCCAUGGGGUAGAGGAGCAGCUGUACAAAAGAUCACUGCUGGUAUCAUUAUAGCACAGGGCGGAAUGCUUCACAGAACUGGAUAACUGGAUAAUGUUAAAGUGAGAAAAAUGAGACUCCCUAUCUGCUGCUCUGACCGGAGGCUCAGUGCAUUGGCAAUUCUGAAAUUACUAGAAUACCCGCCCGCCAAACCCACAAAAUGGCUGCCAAACAAGACGUGUGGCUGACAUAAUGCAUCUCAGGGAAAUGCAUGAUUGUACUGUUCCCUGAUAAAGUGAUGACGCUGCUAUAAGGUGAACGUUUUACAAUAGUCUUUAUGGACUACAUUGGGUCCAACAGGAAUGUUAGGGGGGGUGGAGUUAUGAGGAACACAGAAAUGAGGGGAUUCAAAAUGAUAUCCCUGAUAAUUGUAUUGCAAAGCUAUAGUUGCUCAUAUCUGCAUUGCUUCAAGUGACAUGCAGAUACUGUAUGGAAUGUAAUGUUCUGUGAAAUACUUGAUCAUAAUGCAGUUGGGAAAUUUGUACAGUAGACGCACUACUAGAUGUAAUAUUUUCCAUGUCUCAUACAUUAGUAUAUUUGUACAUACAAAUGUUGAUUAAUAAAAAAGACAAUUGAAACAUUCUGGUACAACUCUAAAACAAGUUUAAGAGUCAGGUUACGUCUUGAGACAUGCAUGAGUCUGUAGAUUUAGAAAAGCAAUUGAGUGUAAAGCUGUCAUCUAUCUUUUUUGGUCAAUUUCACAAAUGGAAGAGAAUGUUCUGACUUCUUUCAGAGUUGGUGAUUUCUCUGUUGGCUUGGACUCAUUCAGUUCAUGGAGUGGUGCCUAAAUACCCACAGACAAUUCGUGAGUAGGUUGCCAGAGUGGGUGUAAGGCUGCAUUUAGAUGGUGCAGAUCUCAGAGAGUUCUGUUGGGAUGGAGAAUAGUGUUGCCUUCUCCAUGGCUCUAGGUGCAAUAAAUCCCACCUCUCACUCAUCUCACCACAACCAGCAGCUCUACAGUUCUUUGCUCUCUUGGUCUGUCCAACUUCAGGAUUUUGUUUUGUAGACACCAAUGAUUUACUGAAGUAACCAUCAAACAAAAACUUAUACACUCCACAGUUGCCAUACCCCAAUACCAUGAUGAGACCCGGUAAAGUGAGUUUGCAGGGGAGCCGAUCCAUGAGGGAGAUUGAACUGGAGGUAGAUGUUGAGAAAGCCCAUAUCGUAGACAAUCAUUCAAUUAUCCCUUUACAACCAACAGGGUUGAUAGCCCUCAUCAGCAUAUCCCAGUCCCUGACCUUGGUGUAAAAUGAACAUCAUUUACUUGUUGAGGCUGCCAAUAAUGUACUCGUAUUCAUUUACAUAGAUUGAUAUAGGAGGCACCAAUAUGUAUUUAGUGAAGGAAACUGACAGAGACAUUUCUAUAACAUCUGAUGUGAAUUUUACAAAUCUUUCACUGGUAUAGACAAGUAGAUCACUCUUUCAUAAACACAUGGAAGACACUCAAACACAUGACUGAAUCUAUCAUUUCAGAGAAUGACAUUAACCGACACAUCAGACAAUCUGCUCUGAUGACUAAACAAAGUUUUAGUUCCAAACUCCUGUUUGUCCUCCCACGGUCUUCUCCCUACUGUGGUUGUCCUGAUUAAGAUGCCAUUGCCAGGUUGUGUAUCACUCCUCUCUGGAGGUAACAGAGAGCCUCGCAAACUCUGCAGGGGGAAAAUAGAGAUGGUAGAAAUGAGAGAGAUGAACCUACCUUCAGGCCUGAUGAGAGAGAGAGAGAGGGAGGAUGUCUACAGGCAAACCUGCAAGCUCCAACUUCAAACAGCUGUCUAACAUACAGGGUUCCUAUGGGAACCAGGCCAUCCAUAGUCCUGAGAACUAUAUCAAACUUACCUCUAACGGUCUGUGCCAACGUCAUGUCUGCACAAGUUUUUUGUGGUAGUCCAUCCAGAUAUUAAAAAGGAAAAAUGUAUCA